GCGCGGCGCGGGGAGGGAGAGAGGGAGGAGGAGGAGGAGGAGGGAGGGCGCCGGGCUGCGCUGCGCUGCUAGUCCGGAGCGGAGCCUGGCAGCGGCAGGAGCGGCGGCGCGGGGUGCGCAGCAGCCGGAGCCUGCUGGACGGAGGCAGCCCCGUCCCCCCGCCCUCCCUCCCCUCGCCUCUUUCUUUGUGCGCAGGGCAGGGGCGGCCCCGAUCCAUGGUCAUGGGCGACAAGAAGAGCCCGACCAGGCCGAAAAGGCAAGCCAAACCUGCAGCCGACGAAGGCUUUUGGGAUUGUAGUGUGUGCACCUUCAGGAACAGCGCCGAAGCCUUCAAAUGCAGCAUCUGCGAUGUCAGGAAAGGCACCUCCACAAGAAAACCUAGGAUAAACUCUCAGUUGGUGGCACAACAAGUUGCCCAGCAAUAUGCAACCCCACCACCACCUAAGAAGGAGAAGAAGGAGAAAGUGGAAAAACAAGACAAAGAAAAACCUGACAAAGAGAAGGAAAUUAGUCCAAGUGUUACAAAGAAGAACACUAACAAGAAGACUAAACCAAAGUCGGAUAUUGUGAAAGAUCCUCCUAGUGAAGCAAACAGCAUACAGUCUGGGAAUACUACAACAAAGACCAGCGACUCAAAUCACACUUCAAGACCCAGACUGAAAAAUGUGGACAGGAGUACCGCACAGCAGCUGGCAGUCACAGUGGGAAAUGUCACAGUAAUUAUCACAGACUUUAAAGAAAAGACUCGCUCUUCAUCCACGUCGUCUUCUACAGUGACCUCCAGUGCAGGAUCAGAACAGCAGAAUCAGAGCAGCUCGGGCUCUGAGAGCACAGACAAGGGCUCGUCCCGUUCCUCCACGCCCAAGGGGGACAUGUCGGCAGUCAACGACGAAUCUUUCUGAAAAAAUUGCACAUGGAGUUGUGGAAACUAUGAAUCAGGGUAUGAAAUUCAAACACUCCACCUGCCCACGCUGUUCAAAUCCUGGAGAGCCUCUUCUGUGCUUGAACACACUUUCUCGGACAUCGACCUCUUACUGAUGCAACCAGGAUCAUUUCUGCUUGCCGUGGGCAUCUGGCCACCAAGGAAUUUCUCACCCUAGUGAUUACUCUUGACACUUUUAUGUAUUCCAUUGUUUUAUAUGAUUUUCCUAACAAUCAUUUAUAAUUGGAUGUGCUCCUGAAUCUACUUUUUUAUAAUAUCUGCUGUGCACAAUUUUCCAUGAACAUGACAACUUUUUGUUUUGGGGUAGGGAGAGGGUGGGGUGGGAAGGGGACUUUAUUUAUUGCAUUCACAAACUCCAUCCUCUUUCAACAUAUCCUUUUUAAGUUCAGUUCUUCUUCCAGUUAUACUGUGUACUAUCAGUUUUGAUAUAAAUUAUAUAUAAAUAUAUAUAUAAAUAAAUAUAUAUAAAGGGUUAUUUGAAACCAAUACAUGGAAACGCUGGUGCUUGAAACACUGUGAAGUGAUAAAACAAAAUAAUUGAACAGUUCAAGAUCUGGGACAGUCCCCUUCUGUGAAAGUACUGAAACUGAAAUGGAACUGGUCUUAGGUGAAAAGUGUUCCUGAAGGUUUGAACCUGUAUGGGACCUGUUCUCUCUAUUGUUCCUUCCCUGUUUCUUCCCUAAGCAAUGGCUAAAGUGUACUGGACACGGUUUUGAUUGUUACAGCUUGGGCUGUGAGAUGAGAGAGGAUUGCUCCAGGUGUUUCCCCUAGGGUCACUCAGGGUGAUGUGCAGGUCUGUGCCCAGCUGGAGCAGAACGUUCCCCACCAGUCACACCCCAGACCCGUGUGACACAGCCAGUCCCACACGUGUUGGUGUUGUUAAUGAGUCCCAGCCAGCAGCCUCAGUGCCCGAGGUCACCAGAACUGGAGUGGUUCUGUGGGUGGAAGGCAGCAGGGAGCCUGGGAGCAAUCCCGAGGUCAGGAACCCAGCUGGUGUGGGUCGAUGCUUGUCAGCCCCGUUCCAUCUGUCCUGUCCAUGCUGUUGGGGUGGCUCUGAUCCUUGUAGUCCAUCUGUAUCCCAGGAGUGCUCCCUGAACAGCCUCGUGUCCACUGAUGGGCUUGGCAGCGUUCGGACACUUCCGAGUCUCCUGCUGUGGGAGCAAAAGUAGGGAAAAGUUUUCAUGCUGGCAAGUGAGCAGUGUGUGGCUCAUGCUCAUGACCAGCAUCUCCUUCAUUCUUACUCUCAAGCUAUCCAGACUAUAAUUUCUUUUCCUGGCCUGUUAAUGUUGCUUUACAGUUUACCUUCCAUGCAUUAUCCUGCUAAAACACUUGGCUGAAGAGGUGAAACAAACUUUUGUUUAAAAGGCAAAAUAAACCCCAGUCCUCUUUGGCUUUUCAUCUUUAUUUCGUGGCCCCAGGGUGCUCUGCAGUAAUUUCAGGCACAGAGGCUGUGGCUUCAUCUGACAUCAAAUGCAUAACUUUUGGGCAUGAUGAAAGAGGGCCACAUUUUGACAACUUUGUGCCUGCUUGUUAUAUUGUGAAUUAUUUCCUUGGCAAGAGAAAAUUCUCUUUGUGGAGGCAACCGAUUUAAGAUUUCUUUUAAAAUCUGUGUGGUUUUGAGUAGCAGACGUAGAUUCCUUUCACACUGGCGACAGAAAUGUGUGAGUAAGGGAUCUGGUAGAGCCCCUGCUUGAAGGCACGUGCAGUGGCAGUGCCUUGGCAGCAGUGGUUUUAUUCUGAAUAUCUUAACAUGGGCACCCCAACUUGAUUCUGCUUAUAUUCACAGUAUAGGCUGUCUUUUGUAAGCAUUUUUAAAAGUAUUAAAGAACCAAAGGAAAACAGAUGCUUCCUAUGAGCAUCACGACAAUUUAUUAUACAUAGUUUUAAAUACUAUGAAUAUCUCAAUCCACAUUUUAACAUUAGUGGGAUAUUGCAAAGACAUUCCUUUUCCAGUUUUUACUAUUCCUUUAAGGGUCUCAGGGAGGGUAAACUGGUCAGCCAUAUUUAUUUAUUUUACUGAAAUGUAUUGGAAUAAUUUUUUAAGAGAGAUUUUUUGAAGAUGCCCCUGAACUUGUAUAUUUUGCACUGCUUUAUAAAUGAUCCAUUAUCAAUUAGGCUUGCGUGCAUCUCGGCCGUGAUCCAGCCAAGAGCAUGAGCGAGUGGCAGGUCCCGCUGGCCUCAGCAGGGCUGAUUCUGGUGCUUCAAGUCAAACCACGUGCUCACCUUCUUCGCUGGAUCUGGGAAAUUGUGCAAAAAAAAAAAAAAAAAGAAAAAAAAAAUAGCAUUGUGUGUACCAGGAAAUUGCUUCUUUUUCAAGUGAAACUAGACCUGUAGAUCAGUUGAAAAGCUUUAACGCCGUACCCAGCUACUCGCGGUAAAGUCGGUAACAUCUGUCCCUUUGGCGUGCCUCCUCGGUGAAGUAGCUUGCUAUAAACAGAUGGGAAAACUUCUUUGGAACGAGUGACCUGUAAUUCUGCAAUCAGUUAGGAAGUGCUAGCUGAGCAUGGGACCCCCGGCCUCACCCGUAGCUGUUGUGCUGUGGGUUGGAGGGACAGCGUUGGCUUUCACGCUUCGUUUCGGAAGCUGGCGCUCCUGCGGCGCCGCGGCCGUGGUGGGGAAGGGGUUCCAGAACCAAGCCAAGCAAACACUAGCGUAGGGAAGGACCAGAUUCACGGUGUUCAGUGGCACAGAACGCAGGUAAGUGAAGCACAGUGUUACGAUGGCCAAGUUCGGACUCUUACACACACACACACACACAGACACCGACACAGCUUGCCUGACUCGCUCAGUUGACGUAGUUCUGCAAAGGAAAGGUGACAGCGUUUUACACCACCAGGCUAUUUAUUUCAAUUGGAACUUUGCUUCGGAUUGGACAGAUCCAAAAUUUGGCAGCAGCUUCUGUGAGUUUAUUUCCACUGAGAUGUUUUCACCUGCCUUACCAAGAUCAUUCUCAGUCUACUUUUUUAAACUCUACCAUAAACUUAAAUUAUUGAAAAUUUAUGAAUUGCUGACUAUAUAAUAACCUUUGCUUGUAUGUAACCGAAUGGUUUUAAGAGCCAACAUUUAGAGUAUGACAAUGGAGCUGAACAGUUUUUAAUGCGCAAGCAGUUCUGUUCUUGUGUAUGACUUGUAACCUUAAUUUACUGUGUAAAGAUGGUUACAUUAUUUCCUUAGCUUUGUUUGUUGGAGACAAAUAUAGAAUGCUUGUUUAAGUAUGUCAAAACAUAAUCUUAUCUUGUGGAUUUUUAUGUUAAUGUAUUAUACGAGCUCUAUUUUUCAUUUGCCCAGAAAGACAGCUUGUAUAACGCUUCUGAAAGUUUUUCCGCUCUGUAAAGUCUUUAGAGCUGACAGUCCUGUUAGGUUUGUUUUAAUCUUCAUGCUAAAGUGUCAAUGGUGGUUUUGUGAACUGGUCAGAAAUUCACAGGUCUUAAAUGUUUUUGGGAAAUUUAUAUUGGACACUGCUCUUUGUCUAGCAAAUAAAAGAUGUUAAUAUAUUCCUGUUACUGGCAUGUGCACGACUGUUAUUAGAAGCCACUUUAUCAUUUUCCUGCUUUAAAUAGAAAUGUCUAUUUAUGAAUUCUGCUUGUAGUUUUUUCACAAAUAAAAUAGUAAAAUUUAAUUAUA